UUCGUGUAUUGGAUUAGCUAUAUGUGUGGAGUGUCUCUUGAGGAUUUCUUAGUUUUGCUUUAUUUGGUUUUCAUUUUUUUGCCAAUAUGUUGUUUGGUGGUAUUUUUUGGUGUAUCAUAUCUUGCUUUUAUCUGUGAAGUAGAUGGUGAAGAACAUGAUGUAUUAAGUACUAUGUAGUAUGGCAAUUUGAAAUUUAAAAGAAAAAUUAGGGAAGAAGUAAGAGGAUUGGGGCAUGGAGAUGGAAGUAUAGAAGAAAUUUCAAACCUACCAUCACUACUCAAGGCUAAGCAGUUCACUAUUACAAAGCACAUUAGACAAAAAUAGUUGUUUGAAUAUAAUGAAUUAACUUGAGGUUCACCGGAGACGAAAACGAGCAUACUGCCACCGGGGCAAUAUAAGGGUUCGUUCAGUAGACGGAAUUGAACUUUGAAGGAAUUGGAUUAUUACCCAAUUCCAAAUAUUUUGUUCAGUUAAUAUGACAUACUUUCAUAGUAACAUAUGUUCGUAAACCAACACAACAAAUACGGAGUACAAUAAAAAAAUUCCCUUACUUAUUCCGAUGUUUGAUCGAAUCUUAUAUAUGUGAAUAUGCUAUUCCUUAUAUCCACAUGUAUGGCGAUUAAAAAAAACAAAACACAGCCCACAUUUCAAUUAGGAAAAACCGGAAAUUAUUGAUUGAAUAUACAUAGUAUUACAUUUUAUUUAAUAAAAAAUAUUAAUUUUCUUUUAUUUUUCUAUAAUAGAAAAAUAAACCUUAUGAUAUAAACUUAUAUUUUCUUGUCUAUAAAAUCAUGAUCUAAUUCAGAUGACUUUCAAUCUUUUAGUUGAACUAUCAUUUAAUAUUAUUCGAAACUCAAUAUUAACAUUAAAUGUAAUUUCCAAGCUAAUACUAUUAUCGACAAUAAACCAAUCAAAGUGUUCACCAUUACUAUAUGCAUUGACAACGAACUUGAUAUAUGAAUAAUAUUUACGUGAAUUUGGUAAACAAGUUUAUUAUAAUAUCCACAAGCUCAUUUAAUCUAAAAAAUAAAGCUUGAUUAUUGAAUUGAAAUGCCUUUUAUUGUACAAUAGUAUAUAUUUAAAUUGAUUUUAGUAAGAUGCUGAAGAAUCUAGCAUAUAUUCUUGUAAUUUUAUUCUCAUGUGUGGUAAGAUGCUGAAGAAUCUAGCAUAUAUUCGAUCACUCUAGAUAUAGUUACACAGACUUCUUUUUAUUUAUUUUAAUUAAAAGUUACAUGUAAAAAUACAAUAAAUCAGUUUGGAUAUUACAUAAUUUUUAAAUUAAUUAUACCAUUUAAAAAUAUGUCGAUGCAUUCAAAGUAAAAUCUGUAUAUUAACGUGAGGCGUAUUCUUCAUUUAUAAGGGAAUUUGUUUAAUCCCCAAAAACAAUUUCAUAAAAUAAAAUAUCUCGAUUUUGCAUUUAAGCUAUCCUCUCCGGCCAAGCUGGAGAAAAUGGCGGUUGAAAUCAGACGACUCGGUGGAGCCGCCGCAGCACCGCUACCGUUCCGGCGGUAUUCCACACCGACCCCGUGCCGUGUAUCAUCUCCGUCAACUUCAACCAUUUCUCGUCGUCUCGUAGCGCUCGGAGCUGUUAAGAAGAGCCCUAAACGCCUCAAAUACUCCACGCCUCGCUUCACUAAGGAGGGUGGAUUGUUGUACGUCGAAGUUGAUCCGUUCGGAUCGGACUCGUGGAAAUUGGACUCGAUCGUUGAGCUACUGAAGGAAGGAGCUGUUGGAGUUAUCCCUACCGAUACUGUGUAUGCAAUAGCUUGUGAUUUGAGAAACAACUCAGCCAUCGAACGUCUGCGUAGAAUCAAGGAUAUAGAACCUUCAAAGCCUCUUAGUCUGCUAUGCCGCUCAUUCAAAGACAUUGACACAUAUACUACUGGAUUUCCUCGUGGCAAUGGCCAAGGUCUUGCAAACAUCUUUCGAGCUGUCAAGCAAUGCCUGCCUGGUCCAUAUACUUUCAUUUUGACUGCUAGUAAAGCACUGCCAAAACAAUGUAUACGAUAUGGGACUACAUCUUCCAAGUAUGCAUCAAGAACAAAUGUAGGUGUUCGUGUUCCAGAUGAUGCUGUGUGCAAGGCGAUACUGGAGAAAAUGGAUGCACCUUUAAUAUCUACUAGUGUGAGAUCACCACGAGAGGAUGAAUGGAUAUUAGAUCCAGUCAUAAUAGCUGAUGUGUAUGGACCAGAGGGACUUGAUUUUGUUGUUGCUGCUGGGACUAGACUAGCUGAGCCGUCUACUGUUGUGGACAUGACUGGGAGUUCACCUCAAAUUAUACGGCAAGGAAAGGGCCCGAAACAGCCAUGGAUGGUUGCAGAAGAAGAAGAAGAUCCUUCAGGUAAAAACGCAGCAUAAAAAGUGGAGUAAUUACUCAAUUACUACUAAGGAGCUUUGUACAGUGUAAAACUUGCUUGGUUAGUCACUUCUCCUAAUUGCUUCAGUUUUCCUUUUGAUGAUUCAAAUUUAGUCCUACAGUUUGGUUAUCAAAAUCAAAGUCAUUUUAUAUUGAUCAAUUUCAAAUGUUGUUGAAGUAAUAUUUUUUGUACAAAUUAGACACUAGUAUGACUGUAUGAGUAUUUUUCGUAUCCAUACAGUUUGAAUUCAAACAAAAAGCGUUACACGCCAUAUUCCACAGA